CCUCUGGGAUGUGCGUUCCACUGUCGCCUCCUGGGCUUCUCAGUUCCCCGUGGGUCACACCAGGGUCCCACAUCCUCACCUUGCUGCUUCUCCGCAGUUUCCCGUGGCUUACAGAAGAGCCUUUGUCUCCAGGCAGGGUGUUGGGAACUUGAUCCUGUUGUUCCUUAACGAUUUCCUAGAUGGGCAGAAUCAAUUCCGGACGUGUGGCAGUGAGAAGUAACCAGAAAUAACUCUACUCGUCACAACUUUGGGGCUCUGAUUAAGUGGGAUUUUUAACAAGACUUUCUUGAGUGUUUUCUUUGACUCGACUGUGAACGGACAACGCCCUCUGGUGGCACUGUCCUUCAGCGGGGCUAUUGGGCUGACUUUUCUUAUGCUGGGAUGUGCCUUGGAGGACUAUGGCGUUUACUGGCCUCUGUUCGUCUUGAUCUUCUACGUCAUCUCCCCCAUCCCCUACUUCAUUGCCAAAAGGGUCACCUAUGACUCAGAUGCGACCAGCAGCGCCUGUCGGGAACUGGCGUAUUUCUUCACUACUGGGAUUGUUGUUUCUGCCUUUGGAUUUCCUGUUAUUCUUGCUCGUGUGGCUGUGAUCAAGUGGGGAGCCUGUGGCCUUGUGCUGGCUGGCAAUGCUGUCAUUUUUCUCACAAUUCAAGGCUUUUUCCUCGUAUUUGGAAGAGGAGAUGACUUCAGUUGGGAACAGUGGUAGCCCCUUACUUUGAUGGAAAGCAUAGAGUUUCUUAGAAUUUGUACUGUAUGUAUAAGUGUGCAUAUGUGGAGGUUUCUUACAGAUUUUAAUACGCUGAGUUUUUUAUACCUUUACAUCAUGACCAUCUUAGGGAAGAUGUAAACAAAAGAUGAGUUUUAUUCCUAGCAAAUAGAUCACUCCAUUGACUCAGAUUUUGCUUGGGAUAUACGUGGGUUACCAGAGACCCUGGGACAGGUCUGUAACAGCCCAGGCAGAGUUGGCGUUCCCUCUGUACACUGUAGCCUCUUCUCAGAUCGAGCCUCACCCACACAAAGCAUCAGCAUUUGCUAGGCACUUAUCGGGAAUUCGGGGGUUCAAAGCCCUCAUUAUGUCAAAUGCAUUGAUGAGAGUUCAUGUUUGUCACAUGCAUGUCGGAGUUUGAGAAGCUUUGUCACAGAGGAAUGAGCAUCAUGUCUGCUCCCUUGGCUUCUCCUUGGCACAACCACUGAACCUCUCUGGGUGUACCAUGCUCAUUUGCAAAAAACAAAACAAAACACAAAAAAAUCCUGCCCCACGUUAAGAAUCAGUUCGUACUCGAUCUUUCUAAAAUGUUUAAACCUAUAAUAUUUGUGAUGUUCCUCAGAUUUUGGGGUACCUGGGUAGGGUGUACCCCUUUAAUCCCAGUACUCAGGAGGCAAAGCAGGUGGAUCUUUGUGAGUUUGAGGAUAGCCUGGUCUACAGAGUGAGUUCCAGGAACAGCCAGGGCUACACAGAGAAACCUUGUCUUGUAAAAACAAAACAAAAACAAAAAAACCCCAAAACAACAACAAAGAAAACAAACAAUAACAAAUUGGGGAGUCCUUUUCUUAGGAGGGAAUAGAUGGAUCCUCAGAUCAUUUGGAGGGCAAUGGCUGUUUGUACAGAACAAAUCACAAGAUAACUCAAAAGCCCCUUUGGGUGCAUGGAGGGAAGCUGGACUGGAAUCCAUCCCUGCUUUAAGUGGAGGGGAGGACAGACAGUUCUUUGAAAAUUCCCCUUAAAACCUUUCUGCUGUCUCCUGUCCCCUACUCCCAGCCUUCCCAUUUUCUCUAGAUGGCUUUGGCCUCUCCUGGAGGUGUCAAGAGCAAGCAGCCUGUGAGGGCUUCUUGGGAUUUACACAUUGGUGCACUUUUUGUCCUUUGUACUGAAUUUGAUGUCACCUCCACAGGAAACUCAAGGAUCCAUGUCACAUUGGUUUUAAUAAACAGUUUUUCUAGCUUGCCCUUUUUAUCUGCUACCUAUGAGGAGAAGGGAGUGAAAAAGGCCACCUCAUCGGGCUGUUGUUGGCUGUGGUUAAGCAUUAAUGUUGGUAGCUAGGGAGGGUCCAGAGCCCUCCUCUGAAGCUUGUGGUCUGAGGGACCAGCACACCCUCCACAGGCUGGAGUGACACUGCAACCGGCAGGUGAAUGGACAAUGGACAGCAUGCAAUGUUACUUUUUGGCCUUGUGCAUGAUAUUAUGUUUUCAAUAUUUUGUGUACAUAUAGAGUUGUUGUCAUUUCUAGUAUUUACAUUCGAAAAGUUAUUUAGAUACUUGAUCAUUUUAACCAGCAUUUUUAAUCAUGGCACUUACUAUUGCAAUAAAUUUGACUUUAAACCCCCAA